AGAGAAACCGUUUUGCUCUCUGAAUCUAGUGAGACGCGAAAGUCUGAAUCUUUUUGCUUUGGGUAUUGAGAAGCUGGUCUCCUGUGUUUGAGGGCAGGCUUUUUUUCAAUGGAUAGGAGUAAACGACGGUGAUAUAUAUACAAUGGUGAGCUCGUCUCUUUCGAGUAAGAGAUACACUUACAUACACGAAAGUGGAAGUGAGACACGUAGAGGAGCCAUUGACAUUCACCAUGUGAUCAUCAACAGAAGCAGAUCAACUGGCUAUGCCCGUCUUAUGGGCCUUGCUUUCUUCCUUGUCAUUUUGGGGGUCUCUAUGUACUCUUUUAUUGAAAAGGACAAUCCAGUUAGAACUCUGUCUUGGAGCUGCCUGUUAAGUGGUUUCUUUGUUGUGAUACAAAGCCGGAAGUUAGUCAAGAAAGAAUCUGUUAUAAUCAUGCCAACCUUCGGGAUUCAAAUUGAAACUCAAUAUUUAAGUGGAAAAACAGUCUCGAGGUUUAUCCCUAUUGACAAGGUUUUGAAGCCUGUGCUUGUGGAAUGUGUCACCCCAGUUACAUGUUAUUGGAGUCUCUCUUUAUUUCUGCGUGGUGAAGAACAGCUUACAUUGGUGUUUAAGGAACUGCGUCCGUCAUUGAAGAUGUUGGUUCCCAUUUGGAAGGCAUUAUGUACUCUUAUUGGCACAGACCAGAGUGAAAUCAUCACUGAAGAAAAGCAUGUUGUGUCCGGUUAAGCAUCUACAUGAGAUUUCUACUACCACUACGAAGAGAUGAACAUGGAAGAUCCGUUAGACAGAAUUUAAAAUUUUAAAUACUCUACAGUGUUGAUUGAUAUUUAUUUGGUCAGACAGUGCUGAUUAUUACGAAUUUACGAUGUACUAGUUCCAAUAGAUUUCUAUAUUUAAAAUGAUUUCUCCAACU